UAACACAAAAAAUCAUCCAGAUGGGGUGCAAGUGCUGUAAAAUAAUACACAGCUAUCUCUUUGAUCCAGUCCAAGUGCCCUCGCCUGGCUAUGUCAACGAAGUAAGCAGUUACAAGUUAGAGGAAGAUGACACUGUUAAGUUAAAAGGCACUCAGAGCAGUGAGGUCCUGGUACAGAAAAAUGCCCUUCCCAGCGGGGGCUUGAGGAGGACUGAGAGCAAAGGCCGGACAGCUGGUCUACCUCGCCAAGGACCACUCCCUCAAGAGGAUACAGGAGGGGGACACUGUGUGGACAAGCCUGGUGUCUCUAUCAAUGGCAUCAGUCCCAUUGCCAUUCUGCAGCCUAACAAGAAUCCCAAGCUCCAGCAGGGAGACGGCUGCUCCUGGGUCAAUACUACAGACAAUAUUCACCCAACCCAAUCCUUUCUUGAAGGAGAGGUCAUCAGAAAACAAGACUGUGCAUUGCCCACCUCAGAAGACACCCAAGUCACCCAAAAUGGACAGUCCAGAGCCCCUUCUGAGGCAGCAAGUCCCACUUUGGCUAUACCAGACCAUGUCCUCCAUAUACCAGACCCGGACUACCCUCAGCUUUGGAGCCCUACUGUAGACAGUGUGGAUCAUGAAGAGAACUGUCUUUCUAAGAACCAUCCAGAGGGUGAGCCCUUGGCAGGAACUUACCCUGAGGUGGGUGAGCAUGGCUUGAAUCUACCCUUCCCCAAGAAAAGGAGCUGGGACUCACUAAACAAGACUGUGACAACAGAAGCUCUGAGUGUCUACUCUGAAGAGGAGGGUCCUGCUCAUGCUGUACCUACGGUCAAUUCCACAAAUGAGCAGGAGGGUUCCCAUGGCUCAGAUGGAGACAGGGAGGGUGAGGUGGAGGACGAGGACGCAGCAGUGGCAGAAGCACUGGCAGCGUUAGAAGCGGCUACUGCAGGAGAAGAUGUGGAUGACGCUGACUAGGGAGGGAGUUGGUGCAGGCGAUAAGCCAGUUUCCUGAGCCAGUGAAGUUGCAGUGCUCUCUGGACACAAAACCAGCAGUUCAGCCUGUGCGCCCAGAGCAUCCUCACCAGUUGUUUACAUCCAACAUCUGUCCUGAUGUCAGCCCAGUGCAUGCUACUUAUUACAUACUUGGACCAGUGCUCUGUGAAGAUGGAUUGACGUUCAGGACACUAGAAUAAGAGUGGGCCGUGGUGCCCAUGUUCACAGCAAAUUCAACACUUAGACAUCCUGCUUGUCAGCCCUCAAAGCUCCUCAGAACAUCUGGUCCAGAUGUGUAGGAGAAUGCUGGAAUCCCAAUGCCUAAUCCCAAGGGCACAUAAUCACAGAGUAUCCUGGCUGGCUGUAAAUUCUUCACCUUGCUUUUGAGAGCCAAAUAUUUCACCCACCCUAGAGAAAAGUAACUACCCACUUUUAAAAGUGCCUACUGUGUCCCCGAACAUGGCUUAACUUCAGGGAUAAUCACCCAGGGAACUGAAAACUAACCACUUGCUAGACAGUGAGUUAAGUUCGAUGACCUCUAGAGUGGAGCCGAAGUGACCAGUAAACAAAUGGUUAGCCAUUGGCUGUGAUAUGCAAACACCUUGACCUUAACUUUUUUAUAUUGUUACAUUUUAAUCUCCUUUGGGAUUAGGGAGGCUGCCCAAAAUCAUCUUUAAAACUUCUUGGGUCAUAUUUUGGUUUUAAGUUCAUGAGAUUGUGGAAUGGCAAAGCUAUAAA